GUACAUCCGCACAGCUUUGAAGUACCGAGCUGCCUUCAAGUUUCGUGCCCGAAACGAUGUCUUCUACAAGAAGCAUUGGUCCAAGAGCAAGGCACGACUCCGCGUUUCUGGUGGAAAGAAACUUAAGGAUUCGGGAAUCUACACCACCAAGUUUUGUCAAGCCGUGGCUGAUGUUUGGAUGGCCGCAAGUGCCAGUGGGAUGCAGUGUCUUGCGCGGCCGCCUUUGUUCUCGGACUACAAAACCCUCUGGCAAGAAUCCUUUCGUGGCAGCACUGUUGAAGAGGAUCCACGCAUUCUCUGA